CAAUUUUUUCUCCAUCUUUUUCCCUUUUUCUCUCUGCCCUUUCCACCACUUCGUCCAUAGCUAUCUCCUCUUGAUUCUCUCUUUUCUCUCUUCCCCUUCUUAUCCCCUCUCUCUCUCUCUCUCUCUCUCAUCUUCAUCUCUCUAUCUACACACCUUGGCUUCUUCUUAACCUACUUCAUCCCCAAGGCCCGCCUUGUCAAAACCCACAUUUACAUUCUCAUUCUCUGUCUUUACAAUCAACAAGAGAGUCUUUCAUUAGAUCUAUCAAGCCUUCUUUUUAUAGGGUUUUUACAGAGCUUCUCAAUAGCUUUUCUGUGGUCAAGUAGUUUUAAGAGAGAGAAAGAGAUACAGAAAUAAAAUUUAAAAAAAAAAAAAAGUGAAGACUUGACUUAGUUGGAUUCAACGUGAUAUAUCUCUCGACUCUUGAUAUAUAGAGCCUGAAAAUCUGAUCUGCGAAAAGCCUAUAUCAAGUAUAUAUAUAUUUCACCCUGCCUUUGGAUUUCAUUCACUUUCUCGUGAAAGAUUUGAUAGACUUCAGGUUUCUGAGGAGCGAAACAUGCCUGCUGGAAUCAUGAUCUCCGCGAGACAGAUGCCAACCUUGAUCGGAACUGGGGGGCCUGCAUUUGGAUCUUCUUCUGGGCUUACCCUUGGACAGUCUAACUUGAUGGACGGCCAGCUUAAUCCACUGGAGAUUGCCCAAAGCACUGCAGAAAGUGAUGUCGGAAGGAUGAGAGAUGACGAAUUCGAUAGCAAAUCUGGCAGCGACAACCAUGAGGGAGGCUCCGGUGAGGAUCAAGACCCCAAUUCGAGGAAGAGGAAAAAGCGGUAUCACCGUCAUACUCAGCAUCAGAUCCAAGAAAUGGAAGCUUUCUUCAAAGAGUGUCCACACCCGGAUGACAAGCAAAGGAAGGAACUGAGCCGUGAAUUGGGGUUAGAGCCUCUGCAAAUCAAGUUUUGGUUCCAAAACAAGCGCACCCAAAUGAAGAUGCAACAUGAACGCCAUGACAACACACAACUUCGAGCCGAGAACGAAAAGCUUCGGGCUGAAAACAUGAGGUACAGGGAAGCUCUUAGCAAUGCCUCCUGCCCCACUUGCGGAGGCCCAACUGCUUUAGGGGAAAUGUCAUUUGAUGAGCAUCAUUUGCGCGUGGAGAAUUCUCGAUUAAGAGAAGAGAUUGACAGGAUUGCUGCAAUAGCUGCAAAGUAUGUGGGCAAGCCUGUAGUGAACUAUCCAAUUGUUUCACCUCCGAUCACUCCACGGUCACUUGAACUUGGGAAUUUCGGUGGGCAGCCAGGCAUUGGGUCGACGGAGCUAUAUGGGGCGGGAGACCUACUGAGGUCAAUUGGUGGACAUACUGAUCAAGCAGAUAAGCAGAUGAUUGUUGAGCUUGCAGUGGCAGCCAUGGAGGAGCUGACCAGAAUGGCCCAAAUUGGUGACCCACUUUGGAUGCCGGGCAUUGACAACACCUAUGUGCUAAAUGAAGAAGAAUACUUCCGGACAUUUCCUAGAGGAAUUGGGCCAAAGCCUAUGGGGUUCAGAUCUGAAGCAUCGCGCGAAUCUGCCGUUGUUAUAAUGAACCACACUAACCUUGUCGAAAUUCUCAUGGAUGUGAAUCAAUGGUCUGCUGUGUUCUCUGGUAUUGUCUCGAGAGCUAUGACUAUGGAGGUCCUAUCAACAGGAGUAGCAGGAAACUAUAAUGGAGCCUUGCAAGUGAUGACUGCUGAAUUCCAAGUGCUUUCACCUCUUGUUCCGACUCGGGAGACCUAUUUUGUGAGGUACUGUAAGCACCAUGUUGAUGGGACUUGGGCAGUGGUGGAUGUUUCUUUGGACAGUUUGCGCCCUAGCCCAUUAGCAAGGUGCCGAAGAAGGCCAUCUGGAUGUUUAAUUCAGGAAAUGCCCAAUGGAUACUCAAAGGUUACAUGGAUAGAGCAUGUUGAAGUGGAUGACAGAGGUGUUCAUAACAUAUACAAGCCACUUGUCAACUCCGGGCUUGCUUUUGGGGCAAAACGCUGGGUUUCUGCGCUUGAUAGACAAUCUGAACGGCUUGCAAGUGCCAUGGCAACAAAUCUUCCUCCUAACGAUGUUGGUAAUACCGUGAUAACUUCUACAGAAGGAAGGAGGAGCAUGUUGAAGCUAGCAGAGCGGAUGGUUACAAGCUUUUGUGGAGGAGUGAGUGCUUCCACUUCUCACACAUGGACGAUGCUAUCUGGCAGUGGAGCUGAUGAUGUAAGGGUCAUGACCAGGAAGAGCAUAGAUGAUCCAGGCCGCCCUCCUGGUAUUGUGCUAAGCGCUGCAACUUCAUUUUGGCUUCCAGUUCCACCAAAAAGAGUGUUCGAUUUCCUUCGGGAUGAGCACUCUCGGAAUGAGUGGGACAUCCUUUCUAAUGGUGGUGUACUUCAAGAAAUGGCACACAUUGCAAAUGGCCGGGAAACUGGCAAUUCUGUGUCACUAUUGAGAGUAAAUACCAUUAGUGGAAGCCAGAACAAUAUGCUGAUACUACAAGAAAGUUGCAGUGACCCAACUGGCUCAUUCGUGAUCUAUGCACCGGUAGAUGUUGUCGCAAUGAACAUGGUGUUAAGUGGGGGAGACCCGGACUAUGUGGCCAUUCUUCCAUCAGGAUUUGCUAUACUACCAGAUGGGCCAGCCGGGCAUGGAGGUCACAUUGGUGAAGGAGGUUCUGGUGGUUCUCUACUCACUGUGGCAUUUCAGAUUUUGGUUGAUUCUACUCCAAAUGCAAAGCUUUCUCUUGGAUCAGUUGCGACUGUCAACAACCUCAUUGCUUGCACUGUUGAUAGGAUUAAGGCUUCGGUGGCUGGUGAAAAUGCAUGAAUUGCAUGCCAAAAAUGUGGGAGCUGAAUAAGGAGAAAGAGAGAAAUCAGUUGGAUCCCAGCUAUAGAAGAUGGGGAAGAAGUCAAGAUCGCACCUCGUACGCUUCUUUAUGUCGUUUUGUGCAUGCAAAGAAGCAGCCCUUAUCAUUUCAGCAAAAUUUGAAAGGGUUAGGGGUUCGCCAUUGACUUCUCCGAACAAAGUAAUUAAAAGAGAAUAUUACAAAAACAUUAGUUUAUAUAUAUAUAUAUUAUGUUUCAUCAAAGUUUCAUCUGUUCUUUCUUUUUUAGGUUAGGGUUUGCAUGAGUAAGGUUCGGUACUUUCUAAGCAUCGUCCUGGUCCUUUUGCUUGUUCGUGUGUUUUUGAAGCUUUAGAGUGGUUGGAAGAGUUUAAACCUGUUGCAAACUCCUUUUUCAUUUCUAAGAUCUUCUGAAAUGGUUUGCCUAUAAAUAAUUGUGUUGUAUUCUGUUUUGUGUUAUUUUGUUAUUAGCUAAUCUUUCUUUCAAUUAUUUGUCAACUUAUGUUAUGUUUUUAAACAAAAGUUUAUUGUAUGAUUUAAUUA